GAAAAAAAGAAUAUUCCGCGAAACGUAAAUAACAACAAGCACACAGCAAUUGCCCUUUUCAUCAAUCCCCUCUCGAAAUUGCGAUCCCUACCCCUUCCGCAAGACAGAGAGAAGAAAGAACUCUUCCGAUUCUCGUACAAAAACCCUUUUCCUCUCGUUUCAAUUUUCCGCUCCCCGAUUUCCAUUCGUCCGCGCUUUUUUUUUCUCUCCAUCGCCGCUGAUCAGCCCCGAUCGACGAUUUGGGUUGGUUUUUUUAGGGUUUGUUCGAUUAGUUGGGGAGUGUUUUGUGUAUUGGAUAAUUGAUUAGAGAGAUGGGAGCCGAAGGAGACUCGAGUAGCUCGACGAAACCCGCCGGAAGUGAGGCAGGCGGUGGUGAUCAGCCGCCCCAGCAGCAGCAAGGAGGGGAGGAUUUGGUCGUGGUUAAUGUUAGAUGCUCCAACGGCACCAAAUUUUCGGUGAGGACGAGCCUUGAGUCGACUGUGCAGGCGUUUAAGGUGCUCUUGGCCCAGAAUUGCGAUGUGGCCGCUGAUCAGCAGAGGUUGAUUUACAAGGGUCGUAUACUCAAGGACGACCAAACCCUUGUUAGCUAUGGUCUGCAGGCUGAUCACACAGUCCAUAUGGUUCGUGGUUUCUCUCCAGCUUCAUCAACUCCUGCAUCUGGUGCUGCCCCCACACCUGCAGCAAAUCCCGCAAGUCAGAAUACUACACCAGGCGUUACAAGGGGUGUGGGCUCCAAUGAAGGUGGGCCGUUUGGUGGUGCUGGGCUCGGUUCAUCUCUGUUUCCUGGACUCGGAUUGAAUAUGCUUGGUGGUGGUGGUGCUCCUAACUUGUUUGGAACUGGGCUCCCAGAGUUUGAACAAGUACAGCAGCAGCUGACACAGAACCCGAACAUGAUGAGGGAAAUAAUGAACAUGCCUGCUAUCCAGAGCCUGAUGAACAACCCUGAUUUGAUGCGGAGCUUGAUUAUGAGCAAUCCUCAAAUGCGUGAAAUCAUUGACAGGAACCCCGAGCUUGCACAUGUGCUCAACGACCCUAGCAUUCUCAGGCAGACUCUUGAAGCUGCUAGGAAUCCUGAACUCAUGCGAGAGAUGAUGAGAAACACCGAUCGAGCAAUGAGCAAUAUUGAAGCUUCCCCCGAGGGAUUUAACAUGCUCAGGCGUAUGUAUGAAAAUGUCCAGGAACCAUUUCUUAACGCAACCACAAUGGGUAAUACUAAUGCUGGGAGUAACCCAAAUUCAAACCCGUUUGCUGCACUUCUUGGGAACCAAGGUGGGACACAGGCCAGGGAUGCAUCAAAUAACUCUUCAGCCACCGGUGCAGAGGGAACCCCGGGUCUAACUGUUCCAAAUACAAACCCACUGCCUAAUCCUUGGAACAAAGGUGGAAGCCAGACGACCACUACAACAAGGUCAGUUCCUGCUGCUGGGGAUGCCAGGGCAGCUGGUCUUGCUGGACUUGGAGGGCUUGGUCUCCCGGGAAUGGAACAAAUGAUGGGGAAUAUGCCUGAUGCUGGUAAUUUGAAUCAGUUCUUGCAGAAUCCAGCUGUUUCACAGAUGAUGCAAAACAUGCUUUCCAACCCUGAAUACAUGAACCAGGUAGUGACCAAUGUUUGGUUGGUGGAUUCAUUUUUGAGAGUUCAUGAUUCUUAGAUUUUUAGUUUCGUUCUUCAGUUGUCAUAGUUGGUAUUCUCUUACUUCUAACCUGCAAUGAAGACUAACACACAUUCUUGCUGAGGGAUGAUGACAGACAUCCCAAACCAGUUGAUUAGCCAAGACAUUGUAUAUUUCAUAUACUAACAUUAGGUGUACAUCGAUGGUCAUUGUGGUCGUGUGAAACAUCAUUCAUUGAAGAUUUACGUGUGACUAGCAAUGCGGUUAUAUUUUUCUCAGUAUGUUUGCCCUUGUCUCACAGUCCUUCCUUUUAUGUAUUUGUAACAGAUGCUAACGCUGCAGCAGUCACUUAUGUCUCAGAUGAACCGGCAGCAGUCAACCCAGGAAUCUCCGCAGACGGGUACUACCCCAGGAAUGCCUAAUGCUGCUAACCUAGAGUUGUUGAUGAACAUGUUUGGCGGCCUUGGUGCUGGAGGUUUAUCUACUCCGAACCAACCAGAUGUGCCACCAGAAGAACUAUACGCGACUCAGCUCACCCAGCUUCAGGAGAUGGGGUUCUUCGAUACCCAGGAGAACGUCAGGGCGUUGCGUGCUACUGCUGGUAACGUUCAUGCAGCAGUGGAGCGGCUGUUGGGUGGGAACAACGGACCUUGAGAGAUCUUCUUGUUCUUCCCUCCUCCUCCCUUUGAAUCGAAACUGCUCUCAACUUUUCCUCUCCAGUCUCUCUUCUUUUCUUUCAGAUAAAAGUUUUUGUAAGUUUUAUCUGACAGUCCAAUCAUCAUCAGCGUCGUCAUUGUCUUCAUCGAUCAUGUAUUACUACUAAUACACACCCCAGACUACUGCUGCUGCUACAUCUUUCUUCUUCGGGUCAAAAAAUUGUAUUUGUAAAAUUGUUGGAGAUAAAAGAAGUGAUCAUUAUUAUCAUUGAUGUUUAGAAAGGUCAGAUGAUUUGAGUUUGUUUUGUGGGCUUACUUUGUGCUCCCUUUUGCUUAUCUCCUUCAUCGUCCUCCCAUUCAGUUAUCCACCC